UUGGCGAAGCCUCUAAGGCCUCAGUAUGAUGGAGGGAUAGUUUUGAACCCGGAACUGAAGGAUGGAUUGAAGGGCUGGACAACUUUUGGAGACGCGAAAGUUGAGCAUGGACAGUCGUCCCAUGACGGCAACAACUACAUUGUUGCUUCUAAGAGACACCAACCCUUUCAUAGUUUCACGCAGAAGUUCGAUUUAGACAAGGAUAAACUUUACACCUUCUCGGCCUGGUUACAAGUAAGCGACGGGAAUGCUGACAUAGCAGCUGUUUUCAAGACACAACACAGCUAUGAAACUGCCGGAUGGGUGACGGCGCAAAAGGGCUGCUGGUCGAUGCUUAAGGGUGGUGUUGUAGUCAAUGCAUCUGGCCCGGCAGACUUGUUCUUUCAGAGCAACAAUACAGAAGUUGAUAUUUGGGCAGACAGCAUCUCCUUGCAACCAUUUACACACGAAGAGUGGAAAUCCCACCAACAACAGAGCAUUGAGAAGGUACGCAAGAGUAGGGUGAAAUUCCAGGCGGUGGAUCAGUAUGGCCGGCCCAUUGCAAACGCGACGGUUUCCAUCAAACAACGGCGGCCGAACUUCCCAUUGGGCUGCGCGAUCAACCAAAACAUCCUCCGAAACUCCGCGUACCAGAGCUGGUGGUCAUCAAGAUUCAAACACACCGUCUUCGAGAACGAACUCAAAUGGUACUCCAACGAAAGAUCCCGCGGCUCCGAAGACUACUCCGUCUCCGACGCCCUGGUGCAGUUCGCCAGGUCCCACGGCGCCGCUGUUCGUGGGCACAACGUUUUCUGGAACGACCCACGAUACCAGCCUUCGUGGGUCGGUGGACUUUCGACGAACGACUUGUGGGCAGCUGCGAAUAGGAGAAUAUACUCGGUGGUGGGCAGAUACAAAGGGCAGCUCUUUCACUGGGAUGUCGUGAACGAGAACCUGCACUACAACUUCUUCGAGAGCAGGCUGGGCUACAACGCAUCCAACGUUUUCUACCAGAAGGCGAACGAGAUUGACUCCAGAACGACGCCGUUCCUGAACGAGUACAACACCAUUGAAGAGAGCAAGGAUGGAGCUUCAUCGCCCUCCAAAUAUUUGCAGAAGAUAAAUCAGCUAAGGAACCAGGGGUAUAAUGGUCCAUUGGGGAUUGGUCUGGAGGGCCAUUUCUCUUAUGCCAAUCUGCCCUAUAUAAGGUCUGCUAUUGAUACCCUUGCAUCUGCCAAAUUGCCCAUUUGGGUCACUGAACUGGAUGUCUCCGCCGGCCCCAAUCAGGCAAAUUACUUGGAACAAAUCCUAUGGGAGCUUCACUCGCACUACGCGGUGCAAGGAAUAAUAAUUUGGGCAGCAUGGAGUCCGCGGGGGUGCUACAGGAUGUGUUUGACGGACAACAAUUUCAGAAACUUGGCAACCGGCAACGUUGUGGACAAGGUCAGAGGGCAAUGGGCUCAGGCAGAUGGUGUGCAGGGAACCACAAAUUCCAAGGGCCUGUUUGAAGCUUCACUUUACCAUGGCGAAUACGAAGCCAAAAUCAGUCACCCUAAGACUAACAAAUUUUCUAAUUUGAAGAAAUUUAGUGUUCUGCCAAACAAGAAUGCAAAAGACUUGUUCCAUUUGAAGUUUAGUGUAUAGGUUGGAGAAUGAGAUAU